UUAGUUAUUAGAGGUGUGCGGUUUGCUCUGGGUGGGCGGGGCCUGCGGGAGUUCAUUACCUGCCUGCGGAGCUCAGGUGAGCACAGCGCGGCUCAGCAUGUUCAAGUCCCGCAGUCUGUCCUCUGAAAGCUCGCUCCCUCCGCCGGACAGCGACGAUGCGGACUCGCAGUGCUCCGACGACCUGAUGGGCUCGCAGUCCCGCCUGUGGCUGAUGAACAUGGGGGCCUUGGGGAUCCCACUGGAGGGCGGGGAGGUGGAGACGGUGGGCCGCGACGGGCUGUGCGUGGACUACCACUUCCCGGUGGGACAGCUGGAGAUGGAGGCCGGAGUCAGAUGGAUGCGACCGAAGGAGCUUUUUUCUUCGCCCAAGUUCAUCGUGGACGGAGCUUCACGGCUCGACAUCUGCCAGGGGAAACUCGCUGACUGCUGGGUGCUUUCUGCCAUAGCAUCUCUGGCGAAUCACCCUGAACUUCUCAAGAAGGUUGUUCCUCUCAAUCAGAGCUUCCAGGACGGCUACAACGGCAGGUUCUUCUUCAGAUUCUGGCAGUAUGGGCAGUGGGAGGAGGUGAAGAUUGACGACUUGCUGCCAACAUUAAACAACAAGCUGAUCUACCUCAGCUCCCCCGAAAAGCACGAGUUCUGGAGCUCUCUGCUGGAAAAGGCCUACGCAAAGCUGAAAGGCGGCUACAGAGCGCUGGAACUGGGUCACCCUCAUGAGGCCAUGGUGGACAUGACCGGCGGAGUGACCGAGGUCUUCAGCCUCCCCUUGGUGUCCAAAGACCUGCCGGAGCUCCUCAGGAGCCUGCUGGCCAAAGGAGCGCUCAUCAACUGUGCCAACGGCAAGGGUGACCUGGAAAAGAAGAACGAGAUGGGAAUCAUGUACCGACAUGCCUACUCCCUGACGGCGGUGGAGAAGGUGAAAACAACUGAUGGGUUUAAGGAUUUGGUGCGAAUCCUUAAUCCAUGGGGCCACACGGAGUGGGAAGGGGCCUGGAGCGACUACGACGGGAAUGAGUGGACGAAGGUUAGCGCUGAGGAGCAGAAACGACUGGGACGGGUCCGGCAGGAGGACGGGGAGUUCUGGUGAGUUUCUGCUUCAUGAAACGCCCGGAAGCUCGUCAAAACAUCUCAGAUUUCCAGAUUUAAUCUGCUUUUUUCUCACUUUUUUAAAAUUUUGUUAUAAAGAAAGAAAUUAGAAAUGACAGGAA